GUAGAAAAGCAGCAAAAGCAGUAAUGGAGACGCCGAUGGCAACACAAAAGUGAAAAACUGUUGAAAGAGCGUACCGUUUAUUUAUUUUGACUUAAUUUCCUAUUGUUUUGGACUUGGAUUUUAUAAUUAACACAAAACUACAUCAAUCAUGGCUCCUAGAACUUCAAGAGACUUUGAAAAAGACAGAGAAACUUUUAAACUCUUUCUAACCGAGUUUAUGAAAAUGGAUGACAAAACUGGAGAUAAGAGAUUUAAAUAUCGAGAACAACUUACAAGAGUCGCUCAUCGUGAACAAACUGCAUUUACAAUUGAUUUGGAUGACCUUCAGGAAUUCGAUGAGGAUCUUGCUGAAAUUGUUGCUGGAAAUACAAGAAGAUACGUUAAUAUGCUUCUUGAGCUUAUUCAAGAUAUACUUCCCGAUUUCAAAGAGAGACCAGUUCCCGCUAAGGAUGCUUUAGAUGUUUAUAUUGAACAUCGUAUGUUAAUGGAGACGCGCAAUCAACAUCCUGGAGAACAAAGAGAUCCCAGGAAUAGAUACGCACCAGAACUUAUGCGUCGAUUUGAAGUCUACUUUAGAAAUUUUGGUAAUGAGAAAGGCCACUCGGUUCGGGACGUAAAAGCUGAACAAAUUGGUAAAUUAGUAACAGUUAGAGGAAUUGUUACCAGAUGCACGGAAGUUAAACCCAUGGUUGUUGUUGCAACUUACACCUGUGAUCAGUGCGGUGCUGAAACUUAUCAACCUAUAAGCUCGAUGACCUUCAUGCCACUUAAAUCAUGUCCGAGUGAAGAUUGUCGACUAAACAAAUCGGGUGGAAGACUCAGUAUGCAAACAAAAGGUUCCAAAUUCGUCAAAUUCCAGGAAAUAAAAAUGCAAGAACAUAGUGAUCAAGUUCCAGUUGGACACAUUCCAAGGUCAGUGACGAUAUAUUGUCGAGGAGAAACCACAAGAUGCUGUCAACCAGGAGAUCAUGCUCUUGUCACUGGUAUAUUUCUUCCUCUCACAAAAAGUGGUUUUACUGCGAGAAAUGCCGCAGGACUCCUUAGCGAGACUUUCAUUGAUGCUCAUAGCAUAGUUUGUUUGAGUAAUUCCGAAACAAAGGACGACUCCAAUUCUGAAUUGACUCCAGAAGAAUUGGAAGUGCUUAGAGGCGCCGAUUUCUAUGACAAAUUAGCAAUUUCAAUUGCUCCGGAAAUUUAUGGCCUUCAAGAUGUAAAAAAAGCUCUCCUACUACUUCUCGUUGGUGGAACUGACAAAAAGAAAGGAGACAUAAAAAUCAGAGGAAAUAUAAAUAUUUGCCUAAUGGGAGAUCCUGGUGUGGCGAAAUCCCAAUUGCUCUCGUUCAUAACGAGAUUAUCGCCGAGAUCACAAUAUACAACAGGACGUGGUUCGUCAGGCGUUGGUUUAACAGCAGCCGUGAUGAAAGAUCCAUUGACAGGUCAAAUGAUGCUGGAAGGUGGUGCUCUUGUUUUGGCAGAUCAGGGCGUUUGUUGUAUUGACGAGUUCGAUAAAAUGGCCGAUUCCGAUAGAACAUCAAUUCACGAAGUUAUGGAACAACAAACAAUAUCAAUUGCCAAAGCCGGUAUCAUGACACGCUUAAAUGCGCGCGUAUCAAUUUUAGCGGCUGCCAAUCCAGCUUAUGGCCGCUAUAAUACGAAGAGAACAGUUGAACAAAAUAUUCAACUGCCACCCGCACUUUUGUCACGUUUCGAUUUACUUUGGCUCAUUUUGGAUCGCGCUGAUCGCGAUAAUGAUCUCAAGUUAGCGGAACAUAUUACUUAUGUUCAUCGUCAUUCUGCUCAACCCAAGUCAGAAGUUGAAGCAAUGGACAUGAGUGUAAUGCGAAAAUACAUCGCAAUGUGCAAAAAAAUAUCACCAACAGUACCUGAAGAAUUGACAGAUUUUAUUGUUGAAAGUUAUGUCGACAUGAGAGCGGAUGCACGUAAUAAAAAAGACAAAACUUUCACAUCUGCACGAAACCUAUUGGGUAUUUUGCGUUUAGCAACAGCUUUGGCACGUCUUCGAUUAUCGAACGAAGUUGAUAAAGAUGACGUUGAAGAGGCGAACAGAUUAUUAGAAAUGUCGAAACAUUCCAUUAAUUGUUCGGAUGCACCAGGACCAAAGGAAAGUCAUCAAUCAAUCAAGAGAAUCUUUGAUCUGAUAAAAGAACUUGCUGGUGAAAAGAAAACAGUCAAAGUCUCGGAAGUUAUGGAAAGAUGCACAAACAAAGGUUUUGAUCGUAGUAAAGUUAAUGACGUCAUUGAAGAAUACGAAUCACUUAAUGUGCUGCAGGUGAAUCAAUCGAGAACAAAAAUCACAUUCCUCUAAGUGAAAAAAUAGACAUUUUAUUAUAUUUUUAUUACAAUUUCGUUUAUGUCCUGUUUAUCCUUUUUUCUAUUUUUAUAAAUAAUUUUUAGCAAUUUUUUCGUUUUAAAUUGGCAUUUUUUCUAUUUUUGCUUUUGUGAAAAUGCCUGCAUUGAUACGACGUGAAAAAAAUGUCUCACUUUACAAUUAACUUUUUUUCUCAGUAAAAUGGAAUUUUCAUAUUUUCGAACUGUCAUUAAUUGUUUUACAAAUAACUCCUUCGAUUUUUUUGGAAUAUAAAAAUGUCACCCACGA